CAAAGUAUGUUAGUGACUAUAAGGAUUCUUGGAAUACUUUUAUUCCUGCUACUCUAUUUGUCUACCAAAUGGUUCCUCAAUCUACUACCAAAUAUGAACCAUUCGAACUACUCUAUAGUUAA